ACCUCCACCAACCCCCGCCGCCGCCCCAAUCCCCUGGCGUCCACCAGCCCUGCGCGUUGCGCCGCCGCCCCCGCUUCCUUCCGGCGCCCCGUCGGCCCGCCUCCUCUGCCGCGCCGCGGACCCGCCCCCUCCGCCGCGCCGCGGACCCGCCUCCUCCUGGCGGAUCCCUCCCGCACGGCGAGCUGGAAGUUCGGAGCGCCACCACCGCUCCCUUCUCUGGCGACCCCUCCCGUACAGCGAGCUGGAUGCAGUUGACCCCCGGGGCUUGGGCAGUUCACCCCAUCCGGCGAGCACGGCCGUCUCCUGCCACCCCCAACAGAUGCGGCCCCGCGGGUCCGAUGGAUGCUCACGCCGGGGAGGCGGUGCUGCUCCGGCAAGUUCCUUCUUCCUUGAGCACGUCCGUCUCCAGCCGCCUUCGAACAACCGCGACCCGCCGAAUCCGACGGAUGCUCACGCGUCCUCGAGUGCGGCACGUCGACAACAACCUCCUUGUUCUCGUUCCUUCCUCCAUCCCCGAGCACAACUCCGACGAGCCCGUCGACAGCGUAUGCAUUCCACUGAGAAAGCAAAAGCGUUGGGUUCAGUCUGAAAAAGUACGGCAGUUCAUUCACCAUAUUAUGUUACCUCUGAACCAGAGAGUAAAUCACAGAAAUGUAGCUCCUUUACUCUGCAGGUUUGUCAUACAUUCAACAUUGGUGGCUUUUGUGCUAUUCUGCUUGAGAAAAAUGAUCUUUGGGGAACUUUGCUAGUAGUAGACACAGAGUGUGCUUUUAAAUACAUACAGAACAUCAUAUCAUUUAUAUUUGUUUGAAAUGCUAUGCAUAUCCAUUAUGGCCGCAAAAAUACGCAUGGUUGACUGGCAGAAGUUCAUAAAGAGUUGUCAUAUUAUUCUUCAGAGUUCAGAUAAUUGUAUUUUGGGCCGCUGGAACCUGAUGGCUCAAGCUUGUAAAAGGAUAUUCAGAAGUUCAAAAAUAAAAAAUAGUGUUAUGUGA